AUGGUCAAUUUGCGAGAAUCCACAGAUGUGCGACUUGCUGUUCCUCUAGCAGUGGUUGAGGAGAUCUUACUGAAUCUGCCUGCACAGCAGGUAGUAAGUGUGUUUCGGCUGGUGUGUCACGAGUGGAAGGAGCUGGUGGACAGUGCUGCUCACUGGAGAGAGCGCUGUUGGAGAGAGGGCCUCCAGCCGUGCGAUGCCUCCAGACCCCUGGCCGACUGGCGGGAGUUUUACCUAAUGUGUAAGAAACAGCGCAACUUGCUCAAGAAUCUCACAGCAGAAGAUGACACAUGUCUUUAAGGAUCAUGGGCCUGGGGUUCGGUUUAUUCGUUUCACUCAUGGAGGGAAGGAUACACAGUUCUGGGCAGGCUGGUAUGGAAUACGGGUCUCUAAUAGUAGUGUGGAGAUCUGUCCAGCUGCAGAGAGAAAGUG